AUGUUGUGGGAUGAUGUUAUUUAUGUACUAUUGCUAUUACUUUCCAUAGCGUUCGGGCCGUUCUAUUGUAAAAUACGAGGACUUCGUACCAAACAAUGGGUUGCGACCCUUUUCGGCUUCGCAUUAGUCGUCUGUGUUUCAGGACUGUCGGUCUUGCAUCCAAUCGUUACCGUUCUCAUCAACGCAGUUAUCAUAACCAACUUAUCAUGGAAAAAAUGUCACUUGAUCAGCCUAUAUUUCUCCUUUUUCUACUUACUGGUAAUCUUUCGAUUGGGUGACUAUUUUGGUUUACCGAGUCCACCAACUCACACGAAUCUCGUUGUAAUGAUUCUCACCUUAAAGCUAUCCGGGCUAGCAUUUGAAAUCAACUCUGCAGCAACUGCGCCUGCCGAUGAUGUUCAAGGAGCAAAUUCCGACGCGCUCAAGAAAAUUGAUUUCAUGGAUGUGAUACAUUAUAGCUUUGGUUAUAUGGGUGUACUAACAGGUCCGUAUUACCGUUAUAGGACGUAUUGGGACUCUCUCCAUAGACCGUUUUCCAACUACAUUGAUCCGUGGCCACUUACCUAUUACAAACUCAAACAGAUCACGGCGUUCAUCGUGUUGUUUCUAGUGAUAAACUAUCUCUUUCCCAGUGACUACACACAAACGGUAACGUUCGAAGAGCACUGUUUCCUCUAUAGAUUUUUCUACAUAUAUCCGGCAUUCGCUGGUUUUCGACUGAGAAUGUUUAUCGGUAUGGUGCUGGCCGAAUGCGUCUGCCAAAUGUCAGGAUUAGGAGCUUACCCAGUCUGCUGUCAACCCGCACCUGGUCUGGGCCCACACGAUUACAAAAUGAUCGAAAAAUUAUCGCUUGAUCGCGAGAGAGUGAAAAAAGAGAAACAGGAUUUCGAAACGGUGCAUAAUAUGAAUGUAUGGGAAGUGGAAUCAUCUCCGUUUGUCAGGCACACGAUGAAAGUAUGGAAUACAUGCAUACAAUAUUGGAUGGCUGUGUGCAUUUAUAAAAGAUUUCCUCAUAAAGGUUUAAGAACCAUCGCCACAUUGACUUUAUCUGCUCUAUGGCAUGGUUACGCUGCAGGCUACUACUUUUGCAUCUGUCAAGUCCCGCUCUAUCUACCUUUCGAGGACAUCUGUACUAAAUUUUAUAAUCAAUGCAAAGAAAAUGAAUUUGGCAAGAAGGCCUGGAGAUUCUUCCUCUGGUGGGCGAAACUUACAUGCAUGGCGUACCUGGGCGUGCCCUUCCAAUUACUGCGCUUCCAAGAAAUAAUACAUUUUUACAAAAGUUUAUACUUCUCCGGACAUAUUUUAGGGCUUGUAGCCUAUCUCGUCGUACGAAUCCUAAAAACUCGCUUUCUUAAACGAGAAAUGGAAGAACACAAGAAGAAAUAAUUUUUCUUGCUUUACGUUAGCUUUAAAAAACAGAGGUUGCCAUAUCAAUGCGAGAUGAAAGAAACAUGUCUUGAUUUAACCAUUUUUUAAACUGUUGAUCUGUAUUAGUGGAAACAGGAAAUCGGUUUUCAAUUAUUAUUUGAUAUUUUUUUGUAAUUGCUAUUUUCUCAUAUGAUUUAUAGUAUUGAUGUAUAGUAUUUUCUUUACAUUAAAAUGUUACGUAAACUACUAUACAAAGUAUUUCUUAAUAUAUAUGUAGGAUCCACUUUGAAUGGGGGACAUUUACAUAAUGAAAAAAGAUCCUAUAAACAUGUAUCCUUUUGAUUUUGUUUCAGAAUUAUAAGGCCUGUUCUUUUUGAUUAAACUUUUGCAUCAGUUGAUUUUUCUUCUUCUUCUUUCCUCUUGAAGAGAAGUCGUACGCCUCUCCGAAAGUCGUACGCCUCUAAGCUAUUUCCUCUCCUAUAUUCAGUUUUCUCGUACUGUGUUAUUCGUACUUCGUUUCCACGCAGAGCGAAGUUCACCUCAUUUUUCCCCACAUUUUACAACACAAAGCGAGAUUCUAGGCAGGGAAGAUAGAGUGGAACUCGCUCCGCAUUAAUUUUCUGUAAGCAGCAUGAAUGGGAUAAAUUUUGUGUUCUAUUUAUAAAACUUAUUUUGUUAAUAACUUUAACGAAUAACGAGCGCGGGCUAAAAGUACCUUCCUAGGAUCACUCAGAGCCAUGACCUUGAUAAUAUAUGUCAAAGUCGAAGUCAUUGGAGGUGGAUCUAUUGUUUUCAAUAUUUACCAUUUAUUUUAAUGGCAGAGAAUUUUUGUUUUAUAUAGUAGAACUUAUUUUGUUAAUAACUUUUGAACGAAUAACGAGCGCAGCUAAAACCUUCCGAAGAUCA